AGUGUUGUAAUUUAUAACGUUUAUAAGCAAUGGAUUUGAAUGAUAUUUUUGAAGUAGCUGCUCGAGAAAAAUAUCGAUAAAAUGCACGCUAAAUUUGUACACAGAUCUUCAUCAUCGUUGGGUGAACAUGGCUAAAGCGGAUCGUGAACUUAUCGGUCUGCACGAUGACAUGCUAAGCAGCAUGAAUAGUUUCAAUAAAUGUGUAAUCAAGUGUAACAUGCACAUUGAUCUAAACAGUCUCGAAACUUUGGUCGCCGACAUCGCCGAACCUCUGCAGCGCAAUGACUUCGUCACAAACACUAAUAAAGAUGGGAUUGUAGUUGAAAAUAUCUUGAAUGAACGUCUACACCGACUACCGAUAAUCCAACAAAUGGCGGACUCCAAGCAUAUAAUUCCAAUUGAUCAGUCGGCAGCGGUAGUGCGAGAUGUGGAGUCAACACAGUGUCCAGGCAGGCCGGUUUCGGAUAGUCUUUCGCUAUCAACGCGUUCGAGUUGGUUGAAUAAACCGGAUGCAAAAGUCCCAAAGCAAAAAGCAAAGCCCAUUACGUCCCCACAGCCCACUUCAGCACAGCCACAGGACACGGCCACUGUUUCCGCUAAAACAAAAACCAUGCUGCCUGUUUCACCACGUAAACGUAUCCUCGAGCCACCGAAAUGCGGAAGAACAACAUCCAGCAGUGAAAUCUAUCAUCAGAUCGUAAAGAACAUAGCCGCCUUUCCAGAGGGAAGUGUGAUAAAAGCUGAAAUGAUGCAUCUAAACAUAGCCGAAAAGUGUUUCUUUGUAGGCAUGUGGGGUGCGGAGCCGCUGCAAAAGUUAUUCGAGGGGAAAUUACUUCUUAAGGAGUUGGACCAGCUUCCCAACUUUGGGGAGAUAUUUGCGGUGUACGAUUGCCACGACGGGGUCAUUCCACGUGUCACAAUCAAUGAUUAUGCGGAUGAGGGUGGCUAUGAUGCCUAUUUGAUUGAUUUCGGCGAGAAUAUAUUUGCCCUACCAGAUGACAUACGGCUGCUGCCGGCGGAGGCCAUCAGAUGCUUCUUCAAAGAAGGCGAUGUCUCCCAUAUGACCGAGUUCCGAUUGACAAGAGUGGCCUUGCGUGUUUUGGAAAAAUGUGGUGGCGAUUGAAUAGUUGAACUGGCCGAUGACAAGGCCAACAACAGUCGUCGCAGGAAGAGUCCUGUCAAAUCAGCUGCAGCCGAUUCUAUUCAAGAUCAAUCCGUGCCAACCAAGACAAAUGGGCCACAGUUAGGAGUGGCAGUCGAUUCUAAUGGAGUAGAGUCCGAUUCCGCGGGUCCAACCUCAGCCAAGCCACAGGACCCACUGCUUAGCAAGGAAAUCUGUUCUAUUAAAGAUCAGUCCACUUCCUCUUGCCCACCAGCAGAGCUCUUGGCAGUUGAUUCCUACCCAGAUCAGUCAAAAGCAGAAAAGAACAAGGAAUCUGUGGGCAUUACGAUCCUAAGCUCAAUGGCUGCUUCAAGGGUAGACACUGUCGCUUGUUGCAUGAGUUAUUUGCACCUCAGGGCGUCACCAAGGACUUGGAGGUGGAAGACGCUCUGCCGGAAACCGAGUUUGAUGCGCCAUUCCCAAAAAAAUUUGGAAGCAUUGUGGAAAUGCAGUUUCAUUGUGGAUGGCUCUUCUCCUCUGGUAUGGAUCAAGAAUGAUGUCCUAGGGGCCAAGAGUCAGUUCAAGCAGAAACCGCAUAUGUUGGACAUACUCAACGUGGAGGAAGACGUGGUGCUGGUUUUGGAUUCGAUUCCUUGGCGACAAUGCCGAUCUGGCCGAGCAACUGAUGAAGCGCGGCUAUGCACAGCCCGAUGAGGAGGGUCGUAACCAUAUGAUUCGGAUCUUGAUCUGUAAACGUAUUUCCUUUUCUUGUAAUACGAAGUAUAACAUAGUCAUUCAUAUAGCAUUCCAAUAUUUCUUAAUUAAAUUUUUUAACACCCACAACACAAUCGAACACAACGGAGACGGUGCUGGAGUAGUUCGGUUUUUAAGCAAACAUUGACUAUUGCCGUAGAUUGAGAAAGACGGAUAUGCUUCCUGGCGGAGCCACCUAUUUAUGCCCUUUUUAGAUAACUUUGAAUUACGAAUCCCUUAGCUUUUUUUUAGUACCACAUCCACACCGAAUAAACAAAACAUAUGUAUAUGUU